CAUUGUGCAGGGGGAGGACUUUUGAAGCUGCACACUUGCCGGCGGAAGGACGACGUUUUCCAGACGGAUCGUCCCGGCUUGAGUGGGAGUAUUUAGUCCUUCUCAGGCGGGAUAGCGAGUUAUUUUUUAACAGCUUUACGCGAAUGAAUGUGGUGGAUUCAUCCCACGAAGGCAACUUUAAUUGACGGCCGACUCUGCGUCUGACUGGCUCGGAGGCUGCGCGCCUCUCCACAGUUGGAGACACCCUACCCCGGAGGAGUGCCGGGUUGCCAUGGUGAUAUUGGUCGAGAUGCAGCGGCUGGACCUCGGGACAAGCGGCGGGAUUCCAAUGACGGGUGACUCGGCGGACACCGGUUUGGGGGCUCGGGCCUCGCCUCUGGUGGGGUAUUUGGGAAAAGUUCAAGAGAGAGCGGCGUCUCUCGACACGUGUCCAUGGUGCGCCGCCAGAGGCCUGAGCUCCCCUCUGCGCUCGUACCGCGUCAACCUGCACGAGUCCAUCACGCUGUGCACCGACCCUCAGUGCCUCUUCCCUCUGGUCAGUCGCCCCCUAGAGGACAUUUUGGCCAGCUUGGUUCCAGCAGCUCAAAGCAGAAAGAGGGCGGCCACGGCCCUCGAAGAAGAAGAAAGGGAGGAAGAGGUCAAAGCCAAGCAUCUGCGCUCUAUUGACCCGCCUCCCGUGGCAGACGUCAACAAUACAGAGAGCGGCGCUCUCAAUGGCCGCCAUGAGGCUCAAAGCGAGGCGGAGACUCAACCCUGCUCGGAUUCCCCAUUGGGGCUAGAACCUGUAGAAGACGGUGCUGUUCUAGAGAGUUCUGAUUCUACAAGUGGGUCCAUGCAGGCUCCGUCGGGGGAAGAAGCGGCCUCUCUUCAGCAGGGCGCCAGGUCCGAAGGCGAGGCGGCGGACCUUGUUUCCGUCCCCGAGGAUCUCUUCUGGAGGAACGCUCACAACUUGUGCUGGCUGGACGUCCUGCUGGUGGUUCUGGUCCACUGCCGCGGCCUGAGGAGGUGGAAAGUCCCGCAGGAGCCACAGCGGGCGGCCGUCUGGCGCCUGCUCGGCCGCUACGACGACGCCUGCGCCGCUCUCCGUGCUCGCCAGCAGACAGGAAGUGAUGGCAGCGCGAUGGCGCCGCGUGACGCCCUACAACACGCCGACGAGCACCUGCGGCGCCUGAGAGCCUCCAUUUUUGAUUCCCUGCAGUCUAAGUUGCACUGCAGACUUGGUGAGGGAGUGGACUCUCAUGGUCAGAUGGAGAGUCCCGUCUUCGCCCUGCCGCUGUUGCUGGCCAGCGACUCGUGGGCGGAGCCUCUUUUCCAGACCACCUUCCACUGGGAGUUGCAGUGUGCCCAAUGCCAGACCGUCACAAGACAAAAAGUCACUAAGACGCUCGCCACCUUCACCAACAUCCUGCCCGACUGGCACCCGCUCCACGCCAGGCACUUGGCGCCGUGCAACGUGUGCCAGGCCAAGAACCAGAGGCGGAGCAUGAGGCUGGAGAGUUUGUCUGCGGUGUUGGCGCUGCACUUUGUGGAGGGUCUGGCCCACGGUGAUGUCACCCAACUGGCCUUCACCUUCAAGGGGCGGAGCCACGCGGUCACGGCGGUGGUGCAGUACGACCAGCACGCCAAGCACUUUGUCACGUGGACGCGCAGGCCUGACGGGUCCUGGCUGGAGUCGGACGACCUGAAGCAUCCGCACUGCGGCGUCCACCCGACACUCCGUGUUCCCGCUCAGGAGAUCCACAUGGUCUUCUGGGAGGCGGCGGCGGACCACCCGGAGCCCGCCGCGUGUUCCCCGUCCAGCACGUCGCUGCUGUCCCCGCCGCCCGACGAGGUGUUGGACGUGGUGGACCUUUCCAUGGACUCCACCACGCUGCUGGACACCUUUGAGGGUCUGUUGGAGGAUGAGAUCACGCUCACGCUGACGGAGGUCAACGAGGAUCCAGAGACCGACCUUCCAGCUGUGGACCCGGCGCCAGAUAGCUCCGCCCUCCUAUCGGAGGAAGCGGCGCCUCAGACCGCGGCCGCCGCUCAACCUUCUCCCGAGAAAGCGCCGAAAAGAAGCCGGAGACUCUACAAACAGGAAGUUCCCGUUUCCCCGCCCUCACAGGAAGUAAACGCUGCCCCUGCACCAGAGCAGAGGGCGUCGCCUGUCUCGUCCAGCGACAGCAGGCCGCCAUCUUGGCAGCAGGAUUCUCGCUCGUCGCUGCUGUCCCCGCCGCCCGACGAUGUUUCGGACGUGGUGGACCUGGCCUUGGGCUCCACCACGCUGCUGGACACCUUUGAGGGUCUGUUGGAGGAUGAGAUCACGCUCACGCUGACUGAGGUCAACGAGGAGCCGGAGACCGAUCUUCCAGCUGUGGACCCGGCGCCAGAUAGCUCCGCCCUCCUAUCGGAGGAAGCGGCGCCUCAGACCGCGGCCGCCGCUCAACCUUCUCCCGAGAAAGCGCCGAAAAGAAGCCGGAGACUCUACAAACAGGAAGUUCCCGUUUCCCCGCCCUCACAGGAAGUAAACGCCGCCCCUGCACCAGAGCAGAGGGCGUCGCCUGUCUCGUCCAGCGACAGCAGGCCGCCAUCUUGGCAGCAGGAUCCUCGCUCGUCGCUGCUGUCCCCGCCGCCCGACGAUGUGGUGGAGCUGGCCUUGGGCUCCACCACGCUGCUGGACACCUUUGAGGGUCUAUUGGAGGAUGAGAUCACGCUCACGCUGACGGAGGUCGAGCCGGAGACCGAUCUUCCAGCUGCGGACCCGGCGCCAGAUAGCUCCGCCCUCUUAUCGGAGGAAGCGGCGCCUCAGAGCGCGGCCGAUACCGCUCAACCUUCUCCCGAGAAAGCGCCGAAAAGAAGCCGGAGACUCUUCAAACAGGAAGUUCCUGUUUCCCCGCCGGCGGCGUUUACUUCAAACGCCGCCCCUGCACCGGAGCAGAGGGCGUCGCCUGUCUCGUCCAGCGACAGCAGGCCGCCAUCUUGGCAGCAGGAUCCUCGCUGCUCCUACCUGCUCAGCAAACACUUCAACCCGACCACUCGCCUCCAACAUGGACCUCAGGCUCCGCCCCUCGUCCAGAAAGCGCCGCUGUGCACCCAAGACAGCGGCGACCUCCUGUUGAAGGCCGCCGAGAGGUUCUGUGCGUUCGGCCAGCGCGCUCAAGCUCCGCCCCUCCCGCCUGCGCCGAGCCUUCACGAAGACCAGCGGAAGUUUCCCGUGGACACGGCGACGCUGCGCUACCAACUCUGCAAGAAGCUGAAGGCCAAGAAGAAGAAGCUGGCCAAGCUCAACCGGGCGCUGUGUCGCCAGGGCGCCGCCCGGCCCCAGCCCGACAGCACCCGCCUCGGCUCGCCCGGCGCCGGCGCCGUCACCUCCAGCACCUACGACCACGCCACCCACGACACCUUCCUCUCGCCGCACAACCUGUCGCCCGACAGCUCGGGCUUCCCCCACACGCUCGCCGGCCAGCAAGACGGCGGCGGGGAGCUCGCAGACGUGACUCCUCACCAAGAAAACUUCCUGGACGAGUUCCUGGCGAUGUCCGCUCAACCGAUGCCCCUGGAGGCGGAGGCGGAGGUGCUGCGCGACCUGGAGCUCUUCUGUGGACAAGGUCUGGUGGAUUGGUGUAGAACCAACAACCUGGUCCUGAACGUGGACAAGACCAAGGAGAUCAUGGUCGACUUCAGGAAGCACCAGUCCAGCCACACCCCGCUCUUCAUCACCGGCACAGCAGUGGAGACGCAGUGCCACGUUCUACAGAGGCACUAUAUAGUCUGGACUGGAACCUGCAAGGCCUCAGACUGGAAGUCUCUCCAGAGAGUGGCGAGGACGGCGGAAAAGAUCACCAGGACUCCUCUUCCUCCUAUCCAGGAGAUGGCAAAAAGCUGCUGCCUGACCAGAGCUCAGAAAAUCUGCAGAGACGCCUCCCUCACCCACCAAGGACUGUUUUCACUGCUGGACUCUAGAAGGAGGUUCUGUAACAGCUUCUUCCCUCAGGCCGUAAGACUCUUGAACGCAUCAUAAUAAUCUCCUCAACUCCCCCCAAAAUGGAUUAAGUGUCUGGAAUAUAAAGACUAUAUAACAUACAUCCGUAAACAUGGAUGCAUAUGCAAUUUAAUUUAAUA